AUGGCCGCAGUGAACGAAUCAAGUCUUUCGGAUUCAGGAUGGGGGACUGGUUCUGAUGGUGAUGACCUUGACCCUCAUAAAAUUGGUAAGGAGAAAACCGAGAGUUUGUUGGGAAAGGCCAAUGUCAUUAUCGACCACAUAGGAGAAUCCUGGGAGUCAGAAUUUUCUGCGCAGGUUGGACCCAUGAAAUCAGACUUCAAAAACCUCGCUCAUCGAGUUCGAGACUUGAUGCUCACUGAGGCGAACAUUUCCCAAACGCUGAGCAACUUGGUAGAGACCUCUCACUCGAAUGAACGAGAGCUAACCAAUGAGAUCAUUGACGAUUUUGGAGAAACGCUGGAACAAGCUGCCAAAGUUAAUGCCAAUAUCCACGAGUUACAAAGGAGAAUCAAAGUCUUGAAUGGCCGGAUGAAAAAGAAAAAGGAGGAGUUUAUUAAUGAGCUGGCUUCUCAAAAGGCCAAAAAUGCUGAGGAAAUGGCCGAAUUCAAGGAACAAUUAUCCAUCGAGGCAGCGAGUCUCCCCGCUAAGAUUCAAGCUGCAAAGAGCACCAAGGCCGAACAAAAGCAAGUUCAGUUAAAGCUGGCGAAGAUCUUAGCUGAUGGUUUACCCUGA